AUGAGCAUGCAGGAAGAGGAGGGCGUGCCUUGCUCGUUGCAGCCCCAGUAUCCCGGGGACGAUAUCCGCCCGACCAGUAAGAAGGAGCUGGCGGGCUGGUAUGGCUAUGGCUGGGCGGCCGAGGUGUUCACUGUGUGCGCAAUGGGCUCAUUCCUCCCGAUCACCCUGGAGCAGAUGGCUCGGGAUCGAGGCUUUCUUCUGUCGGACAAGACAACACCAUGUAGCGCAACAUGGCAGACGCCAGCUCAUUCAGGGGCUGGCCGUGCGCCGGAAGCCGACCAGUGCAUUAUUUACGUUCUCGGAGCUGAGAUUAACACUGCAAGCUUUGCUCUAUACACCUUUUCCAUCAGCGUGCUGAUCCAAGCACUCCUUAUUAUAUCCAUGUCAGGCGCGGCCGACCAUGGAAGCUACCGCAAGACCCUUUUGGUCACUUUUGCGUUUCUGGGCUCUGUUUCGAUGAUGUUGUUUCUUGCUGUGGUCCCUAGAGUCUAUCUGCUGGGCGGCCUCCUAGCGAUCAUUGGAAAUACCUGUUUCGGUGCAUCUUUUGUGCUGUUGAAUUCUUUUCUCCCUGUUCUGGUCCGCCACCACCCUGUUAUCCUCGAGGCAGGCGGAGAGGUAUCCUCCCCUACCAGUGGGCUGGUACCUGAAGACACUCCCGAGGCAGCCCCUGAUGCCUCUCAACCAUUGCUCGCGUCGAGGAGUGCGACUUCUGAUCUUUCUGCCUCGCCCACCUCGUUAGAUCUUCAGCUCUCCACCAAGAUCUCGUCCUAUGGUAUUGGCAUUGGUUAUAUCGGAGCCGUGACCAUGCAGAUCAUCGCGAUACUUGUAGUCAUGCUCACUCAUCAGACAACAUUCUCGCUGCGCCUGGUGCUUUUUCUCAUUGGAUUGUGGUGGUGCAUCUUUACUAUCCCUGCGGCCCUCUGGCUACGCCCUCGUCCUGGCCCGCCUUUGAUCGCUCCCAAUGAUGGGAAGCGGCAUAACACCUGGAUCGGAUACAUUGUAUAUGCCUGGAUGUCCCUGGGAAAGACCGCGAUACGAGCACGUCAUCUCAAGGAUCUUGUGAUCUUUCUGGCUGCAUGGUUCCUUCUUAGCGAUGGAAUUGCAACCGUCAGUGGCACAGCCGUGCUGUUUGCCAAAACUCAACUCCACAUGCGGCCUGCUGCGCUGGGGCUGAUCAACGUGAUCGUCAUGCUGGCUGGGGUGUUUGGGGCAUUUUCCUGGGGCUAUCUUUCCCGGCUGUUGAAUCUGCGGGCCUCACAAACGAUUAUUGCCUGUAUUUUGCUCUUUGAGCUCAUCCCAAUUUACGGCUUGCUCGGGUUCAUUCCUGCCGUGCAGCGCGCAGGCUUUGGGCUCCAACGACCGUGGGAGAUGUACCCGCUGGGUGCUGUCUACGGCCUGGUCAUGGGCGGCCUCUCUUCGUAUUGCCGAAGCUUCUUCGGCGAGCUGAUUCCACCGGGAUACGAGGCGGCAUUCUACGCGCUUUUUGCGAUUACCGAUAAAGGAUCGAGUGUCUUCGGGCCCGCCAUUGUGGGCGCUAUCACCGACCGGUAUGGAGAGAUCAGACCGGCGUUUGCUUUUCUUGCGGUCCUCAUUUUCCUGCCGCUCCCCCUCAUGCUCCUGGUCGAUGUCGAGCGUGGAAAACGGGAUGCCUUGGCGUUGAGGACGGAGCUCGAUGACAUUCCAGAGGCGACGGGGUAUGGGAGCAUCCGGGAGGCGCAUCCUGACGGCGCAGGAGGGGCCCUUGUGGUACCGUCGUAG